AUGGCUUUAAAGAGCGAGAAGCUAUACACGACCGAUAGCGAACCCUGGAUUCUAGAAGAGUAUAAGGAUUACCAAGAUAUAUUUACCCUACUAGAGGAGGGUAAACUACCUAAGCAUAGUCCAUUUGACCAUAAGAUUAAUAUUAUAGAAGGCUCCGAACCAACCUUUAAGCCUAUCUAUCAAUUAUUGUAG